GCAUCGAAUUCAAGAACAACCAACGCCAGGGAGUCAUCAUGAGUCACAGCCCGGAAAGGAUCUCCUCCUACCGCCGCCACUUCGAGGGCGCGCUGGCCUCCUCAUCCUCCUCCUCUCUCCAGAUCCGCGUCUCCAGCCCCUCUCCAGCUCGCAGGAGCAACCGUGCCCGCUCGGCCAGCUACAAUCGUAGUGCUGCCGUGGGGCACAGGGCCGUGUCUGGUUCCCGCAGGUCGCAGGUGACUGGAAGCAGCGCCAUCAUGAGCAUGAGUGCCCUGUGCGUGAGCGGCGCCGCUGGGGCUGUGGAUCUGGAUGCGGCGUCCGCGGAGAACCAGGCCUUCCUGAACACCCGCACCACCGAGAGGCAGGAGAUGAUCACCCUUAACGACCGUCUGGCCAAUUACAUCGAGAAGGUGCGUUCCCUGGAGUCUCAGAACAAGAUUCUGGAGACGGAGAUCGAUGCGCUGCAGAACCGCUUCACCAAGCCCUCUGGACUGCGCAUGCUGUACGAGGAGCAACUGAGGGAGAUGAAGAGGGUGGCCGACCAGAUGAUGGCUCAGAGGGACCUGGCGGUUGCUGCUAAGGAUGCCAUGGGUGCCCAGCUGGAGAUGCUGAAGGCAAAGUACGAGGAAGCUCUGGAGUCCCGCAAGAAGGCCGAGAUGGAAAUCGAAGCUUUCCGCCCCGAUGUGGAUGCUGCUACCGCUGCCCGCAUCGCCCUGGAGAAACAGCUGGAUAACCUGGAGCGCCAACUGGAGUUCCUGCAGAGGGUCCACAAGCAGGAAAUCGACGAGCUGAUGGCUCAGAUCUACAGCACGGUGGCUAAAGUGGACGUGGCGUUUGCUCUGCCCGACCUCGGCUCUGCACUCAAGGAUAUCCAGGCACAGUAUGACAGCAUCGCGGCCAAGAACUUACAGGAAAUGGAUGCAUGGUACAAAACUAAAUUCCAGGACAUGUCACAUAAGUCAACAAGACACGCAACAUCUGUACGCGGCGUGAGAGAGGAGAUCACAACGCUGAAGAAAGAGAUGCAAAGUAAGGAGCGGGAGCUGGAUUCGCUGAGGACCAGGAACGAGGCUCUGGAGGCAAAGCUGCGUGAUGCUAUCGAGCGUUACAGGAAGGAGGAAGAGGCUCUCCAGGCCAGAAUUGAGGCUGUCAAACAGGAACUGAGUGGAAUCAAGAGCAAGAUCGCUGUGAUGCUGAAGGAAUACCAAGAACUCCUGAAUGUCAAGAUGUCCUUGGAGAUUGAGAUCACAACCUACAGGAAACUGAUCGAGGGUGAGGACAGCCGCCUGAACACCAUGGUGAGGAACAUGUCCCUCAUGGGCAGCGCUGGCAUGAUGGCAGGUGGCAUGAUGGCAAGUGGCAUGAUGGCAAGUGGCAUGAGCGCCAGCAUGGCCGCUGGCAGCGCAUCGUCUGUAAGUGCAAGUAGCAUGUCAGCAACGGAAAAGAGUGCUAUGGGCGUGGCGGCGUCUACAUCAGCGGCCAUGACCACCAAUGGCAAUGGCAUGAGCAGCAUGGUGGCCAACGGUGUGAAUGGCUUGUCUGAGUCCAUGAGCUCUGCCUCCAGCAUCAGCAGCUCCAUGGAGACCGCCUCCACCAUGGAGAUGGAGUCCAAGAGCGUGUCCAAGACCGUCACCUCAUCCUUCGCCGAAGAAGAGGCAGUGGAGAUGACCGAGAGGAAGACCGUGCUCAUGAGAACAGUUAAGACCGAUGAGAACACGAUCCAGAGUGACACACAGGAGCAAACCUUCAUCAUCUCUGGGGCCGUCACCGACGUCGACCUUUGAGGAAGACACAAGUCAACACCCCCCCCACCCCUCACCCCAUCCUCAUCUCUGACCUCCAUGACCUGAUGACCUUGACCCAUGGCAACAACCCCUAGUUGCACCCCCCACUUGUUCUUCUUCUUUGUCUGUCGUAUUGUGUGGCCCUUUGCUUUUAAAACUAACAUGUAGACCUGUAGGCUUUCAUUUUCUCCUGUGGGUCUUCUCUCCUCCUGUGGCACACCAAGCAAAGAAAUAAACAAACUAGCAAGUAAAA